AUGGAAAUCUGCGGUGACGUUGUCGAGAGCCUCGCAGUGACGCUCGUUAUCGAGGACGCGUCAGCGCUGUGCCACUUCCCAGAGGAAAUGUGCGAGCUGCAGGAGACACUGCUCCGUGUGGAGGAGUUCAACGCAGUACGGCUUAAGCUGAGCAGCAAUAUGGCCGACGCAGCAGCGAGCGUGAAGCCGCUGCUCAUCCGCGCGGAGGACUCGCGGUUGAUAUCUGACAUCAGCAACAUGCGGCGGUUUUACGCGCAGCUGUACGACCUCGACAAGGAGCUCAUUGCCGAGAACAUGAAGCGCUGUAACAACUACGCUGAGCUCAAGGUGUCGCUGAAGCAGGCCAACGCGUACAUCAUGAAAGCGGGAAGACUGCGCAUUGGGCAGUCUAAGACACGCCUCAUCGCAGAGUGUCGUGAGUGCGUCAAAGCGGGCGACAUACGGCCACUCAUCAACCUUAUCCGAACAGGCCAGAGGUGA